UUCUCCUGUUGUGCACAUAGCCUUUGGGAUUGAUUGCCUGUUUGUGAAAUAGUCUUUGAUUUGCUCAAUGAAAAUUUCACAUAGAGUAAGAAGGAAAAUUAAUUUUUAAAAUCUGUUUCCAAAUUCUAAAGGUAAAUGUAAGGAUUUUUUUGUUAUUUCUUUUAAAAACAAGUUGUAAAUGUUAUCAUUAAAAACCUUGCAAUUAGACUCUCCUUGUAGGGGUGGCCUAAGUGCACAGUCCAAGUUUCAGUGGAUACAAAUCGGGGCUGGACAAGAUUUCAGAAAGUUUCUCCUGCUCUUUGGCAGAGUAUUGCUUGAAAGGAGUGCCACUGAAACUGUGACAAAAGGUGACAUUAUGCUUCUAGAAAAGUCUCAAGGAAAAGUAUUGCAAGCAGCAGUAGUCCCUGUGGGAUCAGGCUCGAAAGGAAAGGAUGGAGAGAUUCAGCUGGUCAGUCUACCAGAAUAAGGAAGCAUCAGAGUAAUUCUAGAUGACAAAGAUUAUUUCUUAUUUAGAGAUGGUGACAUUCUUGGAAAGUAUAUGGACUAAUUGCUGUUGAAAUGGUGUCACAUGAAGCUGCUCAUUCCACUGACAUUCUGAAUUAUUCAUCAUGUAAAUAAUUUCCAUGUCUUCUUUUUAUACUAAACUGAUGAUACCUAACU